AUGCGGUAUAUAACUCAUCUGUCGGCGAUGUGUUACUUGACGUCCCGUCAGUGUGACGUCGGUAGUUCAUCUUAUGUGAUUCGUUAUUUUGGCAUACGGAACGUGCCUUCUUCUGCUGAAACCAGUGAUUACCAAGACAUUGACUACAAAGGAUUGUUAGAUAAGCCGUACUAUAACCAAGACUUCGAAACUAAGGAUUAUGCCGCCGCUUUCGAAGAGAUGCUUGAGGGUGACGGUGAUGCUGAUAUGGAUGAUAUCGAACGUCAGCUUCUUGAGGUACGUCGUGAGAAGCAGUUGUACAACAAGUUGAAUCGUAUGGUUCAACGUAGCGCCGCUAUGGAGAUACCUAAAACCCAUGUUGAGACCCAGGCGAUGUUUCCACCUGGAAGGCCUAAUGACGAUGCCGCCAAUAGGGAGCCAGAAUCCAAAUUAUUGAAAGACUUGAUAGCAGAACAGGCUGCAGAGUCGGCCAAUUCUGCUGAUGCAGAGUCGAACAUUGUUAUGGCACCUCAGGAUGGUGCAAAGGAUGAACCUAGUGAUGAGAUGCUUGAACGCAUGAGAGCUGAGGUGCCACCUAUCAAACCCCUUUUUGACGAUUAUGCGCCCAUAAAGGUACCAGCACGUGCAAAUUCAACAUCUGAGCUGAUAACCGGUAUAAUACAGAUGCCUAAUGUGAAGGAUAAAAAGGGAUUGCAGGAAUCGAUCCGUAUAAAGGAUUAUACGGCGGAUAAAGCUCCGAUACCUGAGGAUGAAAUAUGGUUAAGAUUAGUUAAUGAAGAGCGUGUUAAACGUGGUGAACCGGAACUUCAUUUUAAAGAAGGUGAAAAGCCUGCUGAUAACCCUGAUUUUGUGAGGGAGAAACGUGCUAUCCGUUUACAAGAAACUACAGAGUUACGUCGUCAAUCACAUGAGGCCCGUGCUAAACGUGAAGAAAUGAAGCAUACAUUUUAUCGUAAACAGCCGCGUAACGAAUUGGGAUUUGCCAAACUAUCUGUUGAGGACGUUGACAAGCUACAUUUUACUGAGGUUAAAGAGGAACUACGUGCCCGUGGUUACCGUACAUCUGGUGGUGAGAAGGCUGCACGUAGCAGGCUACAGUCUGCUUUGGCAGAAGUUGAAGAAUGGCGAUAUGGCGCUAUUGUUUCUCAGCCUCUGGAAGAAACUAAUGAGAAUCUGCCACAACAUGCCCGUGACCGUAUCGCAGAACUGAAAAAGAAGGUGAAAACAAUUUCGGGUACCCGUUGGAAUUGUGACUUGAUGACGGCAAUUAAUAGACUAAAAGUGAAACAGGAGCUUGUCCGUUUUAAUGAUGACCCGGUUGGUUAUCUGGAUCUUGACCGCGUUGAUCCUGCACAUGUGGUUACACCUGAGGAGGCUGCAGAGAUGCGUAAUGCCCCUGUUGUACAUGAUACGGCAUUUUUGAAGGCUAUGCAGGACCCUAUAAACAGGCUCCCGGAUAUAAUACCUCGAACAUUUAACUUACAACAUGAUGUUGAGCGUCCCUAUCCAACUUACGCUCCUUCCCACAAGCAUGAACUCGAGGCACUGAAACGUGAGUACCUAUCAUUUCCUGGUGGAAUCCAUGAAUCAACUUUACUUGAAGUAUCACGUCGAUAUGAGAUAAGUUUGGAUUUUCUAGGUGAUGCUUGCUGUCGUUUAGGUGCAAAGCCACCGAUAUCACUUGAGAUGCCUCUGCGUGGUAUAAUUUCAUACAGUGCUAUGUGGGACCUCAUUGAAUUUCUCAAUAUAGCCGAUACAUUGGAGGUGGAAUCGUUUUACACCUUCAUGAAAAUAACGGAUGUCGCUUCAGAGCUGGGUAAAACUGUUAAAGAAGUGGUCGAUGCGUGUACUCGUCUUGGUAUUAAGCUGCCCUUUGGUAAAGAGACAAGAUUGAAUCUCCAUUGCCUGCUUGUGGUAGAGAAGCUGUUACUCAACCCUGAUUUGGAUCCCGAUACUGUAAAGUGGGACCCAGAAAGGAGGGAUAAAUUCAAAGAUUAUAACGAUAGAAGGCCUACCUUCCCGAACUCUAUGAGCGAUCCCAUACACCGGGAAGCUAUAGAGCAGGGGGCACUCUACGACCAACCGGAGUCAUACGACAAUACAGUUUAA